AUGGUUGCCAUCACCAAUACUACAUUGACGGACGUCGAACGGGCCUCCCUUGAAUCUACACUGCGGACCUUGAUCAGCCAGGUGGAGGCAACUCGGGAUGCUCUCCUCGAAAAUGGCCAAAGAGGCUUGCUUCACACUCUUCAUACAGACAAGGACCUGCCGGACCCUGCCUUUGAGGCCCUCGCUGGCAAGGCCAUCAACGUCCUACAUGAAACCAAGCAGCUUCUCGAGCCCGGUCAUCUAGUUCUUGCUGACCACUUCCUUGGAUACGUCAGCACCAAGUGCCUCUGUGCUGCCGUCGAGCUUCAACUCGUUGACAUCCUCGCAAAAGCAGGAGACCAAGGCAUGACCAUAGCUGAGUUGGCAGAUGCUAGUGAAGCAAACCCAGAUAGACUGCAACAGAUCAUGCACGUCUUGCACAACAAUCAUAUCUUUGAAUAUGACGCAGCGUCACAUCGCUACCGCAACAACCGAGUAUCAGCUUUGCUUCAUACCACCCAUUGGACACAAUGGCAUAACUGGGUCGACCUCUAUGGAAACGAAUUUUACGACAUUGCUCGCGGAAUCCCCCAGUCCAUCCGCCGUGACGAGAAGAAAUGGGGCGCUCAGAUCAACUUCAACACCUCCGAUGACAUGUUCACUUACUUCCAGGCGCAAGGCUGGCUACCACGGCUUCAUAGAACCCUCGGCGGUGGUGCAAUUGCCCAAGCACCCGGCAUUCUAGCUGACUACCCCUGGCAUGAAUUCGGUUCCCGCACCGUGCUGGAUGUCGGAGGCGGCGGUGGUGGAUUCCUAGUAUCUCUCCUUCGUGCGUACCCAGACCUGAAGGGUGCGAUCCUGGAUCUUCCUCGCACCAUUGAACAUGCCACUACUCUCUUCCACAAUCCCGAGGGUGUCUACUAUGACCUGAGGGAGCGUGUUCCCCGCGAGAACCUGAUUGGAGGCGAUUUCCUCAAGUCAGUGCCUCCGUUUGAAGUCUACACCAUGAAAUGGGUUCUUCACGACUGGAAGGAUCCGGAUGUCAUUACUAUCCUAAGCCGUAUCCGGGAAGCUCUUAUUCCAGGCCCGGAUAGCCGCUUAGUUGUUCUAGAGUCGAUUCUGUCUGAUGGCCAAUAUGGACGUCUCUCUAGAUACGGCGAUAUCAACAUGAUGAUGACUGCCAACGGCCAGGAACGUACCGAAGAGCAGUGGCAGGGUCUUGCAGCUGCUUCAGGAUGGGAGAUUUCCAAGAUCUAUCCCUUACGGCGCUCGUGGGUUUGUGCUAUCGACCUCCGGCCAAGGGCGGACUGGAAGGCGUAA